CUGGCACAAUGCUGAUUGCUAUGAUCUGGUUUCCAGGCUGAGGAUGGAAUCUGAACCCUCUCAGAAUAAACCGUUGGCCAAUCUGUCGAUGGACUGGCGGAAACGAGUCAAGUCUGAAUACAUGCGCCUGCGACAACUCAAACGCUUCCGGAGGGCAGAUGAAGUGAAGGAAAUGUUUGUCUGUAACCGCAACAAGAUCAGGAGCCGAACUGAAAUUCUCAAUGAAGACUGGAAGAAGCUGAGGAUUCAGCCAAUAGCUGUCAGCACCAUGCAAACUACGAGCUGUGGCAAAUGGAAGUGUACAGUCGAGAGUUUAUUCCUAAACUUCAAGAGUCAGGUGGUCAUGCAGAAGAUGCUGAGUCCGGUGGCCAUGAGUCCAGUGAUGUAUUCCUGGUCUCCUCUCCAGCAGAAUUUCAUGGUAGAGGAUGAGACUGUCUUGCACAAUAUCCCAUAUAUGGGAGAUGAGGUCCUUGAGCAGGAUGGCGUUUUUAUUGAGGAACUGAUCAAUAAUUACGAUGGGAAGGUGCAUGGAGACAGAGCUCUAUGUUUUGCAGAGUGUGAUUUUAUCAGUGAUGAGAUCUUUACUGCACUUGUUCGUGGUCUCAUUCGGGAGUCAGAUGAUGAAGUUAAGCCAACAACUCCCUCUCGCACUAACAGCCGACAGAAUAUGAAACGAGGACAGGAUGAGUUGCAGUGCAGCGAUCAAAAUGCUGAGGAUGGGACUGAGGAGAGAUCUAACAGAAGGCUUCCACCAGACAAGAUCUUCAAAGCCAUCGCCAUGAUGUUUCCAGAUCGGGGCUCAUCGAAGGAGCUAAGAGAGAAGUACUGGGAGCUGACGAAACUCUGUGAUCCCUCAGCAGUCCCUCCAGAGUGCACUCCAAACAUUGAUGGACCUAAUGCUAAAUCAGUGCAGCGUAAUCAGUCCCUGCAUUCCUUCCACACCCUUUUCUGCAGACGCUGCUUCAAGUAUGACUGCUUCCUGCACCCUUUUCAUGCGACACCAAAUAUGUACAAAAGGAAAAAUAAAGAGAUAAGGGUGGAAACAACACCGUGUGGGAAGGACUGCUUCAUGUUUCUGGAUGGAGCCAAGGAGUUUUCUGCAUCUCUCUCCACUGUUCAAAAUAAAACACGGACAAAACGGAGCACGGGGCGGCGCAGAAAGCAUCACCAUGGUAACUGGAACCAGCCCAAUGUACCCCCAAUUGCAAUCAGUGAGCUGAAAGAUGGCGACAGUGACCGGGAAUGCAGUGGUGAAAACUGCCAGAGCUUCUCAGAUUUAUCAGAAGGAAGCUCCCGGAGUCAAACACCAGUCAAACUGAAACCAAUGCCUGGACCAGAUGAUGCCUCUGAGACCCCUAGUCCGAGCAAGACCCCCAGGAUAACUGAGAUCCCUGGGCCAAUUGAGACCCUCAGGACGAGCGAGAUCUCUGGGAUGAGUGAGAUUCCCGGGAUGAGCGAGAUUCCUGAGAGGAGUGAAACCCUCAGGGUGAAUGAGAUUCCCGGGAUGAGCGAGAGCCCUGAGAUGAGCGAGACUCCCAGGACAAGUGAGAUUCUGGGGAUGAGUGAGAGCCCUGAAUUGGAUGUACACAGUGCAAUACCACAAGCUGUGGCUUGGGACAGUGCUGAGGAAUCGUUGUUCCGUGUGUUACAUGGAACCUAUUUCAACAAUUUCUGUGCAAUUGCCAGACUGAUAAAAACCAAGACCUGCACUCAGGUGUAUGAGUUCGCAGUGAAGGAAUCUUCCAUCAUUCACAAGCUGCCCACGGACCAUCAUAUUCUAUCCCCACCGAAGAAAAAAAGAAAGCACAGAUUGUGGGCAGCACAUUGCAGGAGGAUGCAGCUGAAGAAAGACAAUUCAUCCAAUCAGGUUUACAAUUAUCAGCCAUGUGACCACCCUGAGCGGCCCUGUGAUGUCACAUGUCCUUGUGUCACGGCCCAGAACUUCUGUGAGAAAUUCUGUCAGUGCAACCCUGAGUGUCAGAAUCGUUUUCCUGGCUGUCGCUGUAAGACCCAAUGUAACACCAAGCAGUGCCCAUGUUACCUGGCAGUGCGUGAGUGUGACCCUGAUCUGUGCCAGACAUGUGGGGCAGCUGAAUACUGGGGCAGCAAAAACGUCUCAUGCAAGAACUGCAGCAUCCAGCGCGGCCUCAAGAAGCACCUACUCAUUGCUCCAUCAGACGUUGCAGGAUGGGGAACCUUCAUUAAGGAAUCCGUCCAGAAGAAUGAGUUCAUCUCAGAAUAUUGUGGAGAGAUAAUUUCUCAGGAUGAAGCAGAUCGUCGUGGGAAAGUCUACGAUAAAUACAUGUCCAGUUUUCUCUUCAAUCUAAACAAUGAUUUUGUUGUUGAUGCAACUCGCAAAGGAAACAAAAUCCGUUUUGCAAAUCACUCCGUCAAUCCCAACUGCUAUGCGAAAGUUGUCAUGGUGAAUGGCGAUCACCGAAUUGGAAUAUUUGCAAAAAGAAUGAUCCACACUGGCGAGGAAUUAUUCUUCGAUUACAGAUACAGUCAGGCUGAUGCACUGAAAUACGUGGGAAUUGAACGGAAGAUGGAAAUGCUGUGAUCCCAUUGUUACUUCAUGUUAAGUUUUUGUUUGAUUGUCAGUUAGACUGUGCAGCAAAUCCACGGCCUUCUUUCCUGAACACCUGAUGUGAAUUUGACCAACGUGACUUUGUCAGACAUAGGAAAAAGCGUAUUUCGCAUUGCUGUGUGUUGUCAGCUGUGCUUUUGCUGCAGAUAACCACACUUACCCCUCCUCCAGCUUCACCUGCUGGACCCCCUUCCCGUUACUGAGAAUUUACUCCAUAGUUCAGCUUGAUCAGGGGUCAGAAUUUAAUAGCUGUGAAAGGCAACUCCAUUGAAGAUACAGAAUCUGAUCUUGUGGGACCUCCCCAGGGAUGCAAUCCAAAGUUGACAGACAACGGAGAAUCAGGCAUUUGUCACAGCUUCUUAUUCUGGACACAUUGAGUUGGGUUCCUAAUGUCAGGAAGUGUCUAGAAAUUAGUUGGAACAGUGAGCUGUAUAUUGAAUUCAGACUGUGGAAAUCAUGAUUGCUGUGUUAAAUGUUUCUGCCACUGAAACCAACAGCCAAAUAAUGUUGGGACAGAAAGAGAGAGAAAGUUAAAGUUUAGAAAAACAAAGAAUGAUUUGUCUUACGCUGAAUGUACUUGCUGCAGCAGAAGCCACAUUAUAAGCUACAUUAUAAGCUUAGCUUGUGAAAGAUCCCACUGCCUUGGGUUUGCAAACCCUGUUUAGUUCUCAUCUAUGAUAUCUGCAUCCACUGUUACCAAGGGACACUCUUAGAUCAGCAAUUAGUUAGUUGUCCUAAUGUAACAGAGCUUCUCUGAAGCAGUCUGUUCUCUGCUGGAGCGAUGGCUUUGACAAGGGUGGAAGAUUGAUUUGAUUUCAGGCAAACUGACUUUGCAGUUUCUGAUUUUCUGGCAACAGUUGGGUCCUUGAAGUGAAAUCUGAAGCAGAAUCCUUUAAAUAACACUUGAAAUAAAAAUGACAAAAUUAUUCUCUUUCUUGUGUAUUUAACUCUCACAACUGUUUAGUACAAGCCACAUAUAUUCAAAACAGUUUCAUUAUUUUGGGCUUGUGUUGUAGCAAACUUUGUUUUAACUGGCACCUUAUGAACCAGCACUUUUGAUAAUCUGGCAAAAAUUAUAUACCUGAAAUACCACAAGUUUACUGUGUUAUCACAAACUUUGUGAUAUCCAAGUGGUCAGUUGAGGGUGUGAGUGAGAAGGCUCUCUGCAGGUAAGUUGUAUUUCAGGCAUUUUUAUUGAAAUGAUUUAUGCUGAAAAUAAAGUAUAACAGUCAUGUGUAUAACCUUCUGCAUUACGUUUCUGUUACUUGGUGUGUGUUUUUGUGAUUGUGUGAACCUCUUGAUCAACCGGAAUAUUUGAUCAAACAGCAUGCUCCUGGUCCCAUGGGGGCCAGUUAAUAAAACAUUCGCUGUACAAAUUAAAUUUUGGAGUGAAACUCAUGUCUGUGUGCAAUAC